CGAGUUGACUUGGAAUCUCGCGCUCUCCUGGACCUCCCGACUCUGGGUCUGCCCCUCCCCAGUCCUUCUCCUUCGAAGUUACCUGCCAAUCCCAGGCCACGGCCACGCGGUACCUAUUCUGAGGCUGACCCCAGGACUGGGCUCCCCAGCAGAGGCAUCCAGUCUCACUUCCCUCCACAUCACAGCGUGUAGUUGGAACGAUUGCUUUGUACCUUAUAUCUGCCAUAUAGCCCAGACCCUUAAGUCACUGCCCUCCUCCAUAAGCCCCACUAGCUCCCUAGUGCCUCAGUGCAGAUAGAGUGACUCUACAUUAAUCACAGAAACACCUCUCCAGCCUCCUCUCCCCCUGGGUUCCCUUCACAUACCCUGUACUUCAUUGAAACUGGACCAUUUGGCCUCCUAGGGAAUACUCACUGUAGCCAGAAAUGAUUCUCAUUCCCCUAAACCUGUCUUUUUUAAAAAUCGUAUAUCGUAUAUAAUGUUUGACCUUAUGUUCGUCACAUUCACACUUAAUUGUCUUGUGCUGAACUGCUUCUAAUUUUUUUGUUUUUGUCCCCUAUCUAGUGUGAUACCUCUCAAGUAAUAGCAAAUAAAUGUGAAAAGUAGAUUUCAGUUAAACGUAAACCUUUUAAACAGCAUCACUGCAUCUUGCCUAGUCCAUCACUGAAAGACUUGGUCACACAGAGCCUGAAUAACCCAAUUUUAGAGAUGCUGUAGAUGGACUCCUGAAGGGUAGGAAACUGGCCUAUGUAGCCUCUUAAGAUCUCUGCCACUCUGUAAUAUUUUCAAUGUAUCUGAUUUUUUUCCCUCUCAGGACAUAGACUGCCCCUUCCUUGAAGGUCUGUAUAUUACUGGACUGAGGACAAUAAAACAGUUCCUGUGUAGGCCCUCAAUUUACCGUUUGGUUAUUCUGGAAUGGUUGUUUUCAAGAUGAGGAAUCACAGGCUCUGAGAAGAAUCCAUGAUCACUCAGCCAGCAGGUGUUUUGAGUUAGGAACAAACCUGGGUCUUUUGGAUCUAAUUACAUCACUCUUUUUGCUGAGCCUUGUUAUCUCCCUAUGAACCCCACUGGCUAAGAAGAAGCAAACAGAUUUUCCACUCCCCUCUAUCCAAAUAAAGCUGGGCAAAGUCUUUGGGUGUUCACCUUGGUUUGUGGUUGUGUUUAUGAGUAAUUCGGGAGAAUCCUUAGAAUUCUGCAAUGGCAGAACUGGAAAUGGAAAGGUCUUUUGGGAUAAGGUUAGGCCAGGCCCCUUCAUUUCACACUAAGGCUCAGAAGGGGGAAGUGAUGUCCAGUCUCACAGACAGAUACUGCUGGAACUUGGCUCUUUCAGUGUCCUUUGAGGAGUCUAAGCAAUCAGGUACCAAAAGACUUUGCAUUCAAGCCAUUCUCCUUGAGACAAGAACUGGAGUCAGUAUUGCCCUGGCUCGGCGACAUCAUUCCUUUUUGUACUAAAAUGGAGCCGUUACUCUACAGGGUAGAGGGAGGGGUAGGAGGCUCCCCAAAGCAAAAUCAGCAUGGACUGAAGUCUUUGGCCAAAUAGCCUCCUUAAACAGGCACGGAAACCUUCCUGAUAUAGCAAGUCGCUUAUCUCUUCUUUAGCAGCAAUUUGCCCAGAUGUUCUCUUCCUUGCAUAUUGAAUCCUAGAGAUAAGUAGUUUAGAAGCUUGAGACUUGUCAGGUCCAUGUGAGCGUGUGCAGUCAGCUCUGUAGAAACAGACUUCCAUGUGAAGGUGAGCAGAGUUCUGAGAUUUAUUAGCUUACUUUUAUAGGGGGCUAAUGAAGCCAGAAUUCUGGGUUCUGCCUGGUAGGACAGUUAAAAGUCAUUCUUUAUGCCAAUGUCUGCCUGGCUUUCUUAUAAAUUCAUGCUUUUGCUUCCAUGUGAACCUGGGCAGAAUGUAGAGAUCCCUCCCUACUCACUCACAACAACCCAAAGUAAGUGGCACCCCCUUUCCCCAUGAUGUAUCUGUCUACAUGCCACUGUCUUGCCUGCUUGAAGCACGGGGAGGCCACUUGGUGCAUCUCCACUGGUCAGGUUCCUUAAUUUAGUAGCAGAAAGGCCUGGGAGAAUUGGCAACUUAUUGAAGAAAUGGGGUAAAUUCUGGGAAUUACCUGUCAGCAUAAAGCGCUGGCAUGUGAAAACAGGCCUACCCUAGUGGAUCUCUGAGGAAAUGGAGGUGGAUGCUCAUUAGGGAGCUGGGAAGGUUGAGGUUUUAGGGAAGAAACUAACGCAAGAGAGGAGAGCCUUAAAGUCUUUCUGCAGGAAGGAAGUGAGGAAUUAGGGUGGAGACUUAAGAGUUUGGUUUCGUUUGGCUUGUGUUCUUUAGAGAGGAGCUUCCAGGUAAAAGGAGUGGUGGAUUUGUCCAGCCCAGGCUGGAAAUAGUGUAUAUAGCAGGAAAAGAUGUCUGCUGACCAAAACUCUGAAGCCUUGGCAACAUUUCAAAACCCCCCAAAACACUUCUUUCCAAUUCUGAUUUAAAAACAAAUCAACAAACAUAAAACACCUUUUUGGCUUUUCCUGUUCCAGGUUGUGCUGGUCUCUAGAAUGCACACCAAUGGAAACUAAGGGAGGCCUUUGUUCUAUUGGGUUGAUGCUCUCAGAAGACACCUGAUGGAUGACCACUUGUCAGGUUGUUUUUAGUGGAGAUUCUUUUGGGGUUGGUUGAACUAAGUGGCCACAGAUUCCUCUGCCGACUCUUAGCUUCUGGGUCACGGGGCAAGAAACGCCUAGCAUGAAGAGGUGGCCAGGUGGCAGAAUUGCCCAUAGCAGAGAUGGUGUGGCUCUUGACAGGCUUUCACCCCCUCCAAAUGUAGGAAAUGGAAUGUUUUUAUAGCAAAAUUAUAUAUAUAUAUUUGCAGAGUCCAGGAAAUCUAACUGCAUUUCUUAAUAUUAAUCAAACUUUCCAAAAUUUCAGGGUUCUAAAAACCUUUCUCCCCUCGACUUCAAAAUUCCCUGAGAUUUUUUAUCAUCUGCUAUGCAGCACGUCAUUGUGCAGCCCCAGAAUGGGAACCCUUCCUCAGUUAGGCAGGUGGCUAGGGGGACCUUCUGGAAGGGCAAUAACCCUUGCCACAGGAAGCAGAAGUUCUUGGUCAGGGGUCCCUGAUUUGGACAGGUGGGGGCCAUAUGGAUUCCCUUCACCCCUUGAGAGCCCUGUUCUCUUUUGGAAGACCUUAGCUAUUGUUGAUUGAUUGUUUUCCUGGUGCCUUGCCCAUCCAAUAAAGGAAACUUUGAUUAACCAGUUCUCCAAAUAAGGUCAUUUGGGUUUUUUGUUUGGGGGCGUUGGAAUGAAUUGUUGUUUUUAAAGAACUUUCAAGAUAGCAAGGCUAUGUGUAUUCUCCAUUAUGUUUGUGCCUUCUAAUUGAGAAUGUUUCCUUAGCAACCAAGACUAGGCAUAAGUGUGCACAGCUGUUGAACAAAGCAGUGUUCAUAACAUUGUAAAUGACACGGGCUUCUUCUUCCCCUCCAAUUUGUGGAGAAUGAUUGGAUUAAAAAAUGCCAAGUUGUACAGUUGAGGUACAAAAAGUGUAUUUGAAAUUUCGUACCUCAGCCUGCAGGCCCGUUGUAUCCGGGGCCAGGCUUUUUGUGUCUGAGACCCAGAUUGUGGAUUUUGGCCACUUUGAGCUUUCCAAAGCUUGUGGUGCCGCAGAAGCAUUGGGCUUUCGUUUGGAACAAUUUCUCAGUAGGGGUUCAGAAAGGAUUUGGUUAAUUCCCUUUUCCUCUUGGAACCUCAGUUCCAUCUCUUUAAAAAGGAGAACACCAGGGAAAUUUGGUAUUCAUGAAAAAGGGCUUAAGUGUUGAAUGAUUACAUUUAGCCCAUGUUCUGCCACACUAAAAGGCUAAAGCUCUCAGUGUACGUGUGUUCAUGUACAGAAACCCAGCUAUGCACAAUUGCUAAAUCUUGGCCUUCUGCGUGUAAGCUAUCUCCUUGCUAUCCUGAUGCCUUGUUUUUAGGGACGCCCAGCAAUAAGUCAGUGUCAGUUACUCUCAGGGGAAGCCAUCGAUUGCAAAUGGAAUAUCAGGCAGUUGGCUUUGAGGGUGGAUGCCCGAUGUGCCCCUUGCUCAAACUGCACAGGUUUGAGUUGGCAAGUAUAGGUGAUCCCCACCUUGAAGAUGCCGUGGCUUUCAAGAGGGAAAAGGCCGAAUGAAUACGUACUGGCUACUUUGGUGAGAGAUGUUUGGGGCCAUUGGUAGAACCAUAGCAGGAAGGAAUAAAGAGAAGCGAGAUGUGACACAUAGAAAGGUGUCUGUUAAGCAACUUGAAACUCUAAUUGGCAAAAAACCAAUCUGGACUACUCGUGCUUGGGCAGUUGAUUAUUUCUUGCUGCAUCCUUGGUCUCCACUGAGGGUGAGCUGCCACCAACUGGGGCUGCCUUGGUUACUGAAAGUUCAUAUAACCUAGCAGGUUUUCCACCUGUACGAACUGAGAGAAGGGGAUUGGCAUGUUUUUCCCGAGUCGUGCUCUUAUAAAGAUAUAACACUGUUUUAAUAACUGACAAUUAUAUAUGCUUUAAGUAUUAUAAAGAACUUUAAAUUCCUUUUCAUGUGGUUCUCACAGCAACUCACAGCAACUCGCAGCAAGCUGUAAGUACUGUUGCGCGUGGUUUCCCAUGUUUAGAAAUGUCCCAGCCAGAGAGAAAACAUCCAAGGUGAGAUUAGAACGCCCGGUGUCUCUCCACUAUCUGUCUGUCAUUGUUGCUACCGCAUCACGCUGCCGAUAUACCAAGUUGUUAUUUACUGUUACAGAGUGUCUUGAUAUUAUGAUAGUUAAUAGAUUCAUGAAAGUAAGAUUUGAGUAAAGAUAUUGAUCUAGGUCUAAUGAAUUAAAAAUGGUUUUCCUUUGUCUAGCACUUGACGGUUUAGAAAACAUUAUUAUGUCCAUUAUCUCAUUUGAUCCUCCCAACGAUUCUGUGUGAUAGGUGAGAAGUGAUUGUCCUUAUUUGAAAGAUGAAACUGAGUAUCAGGUUACAGGAUGAUACUAGUAGUAAGGGAGGGAGCUGGGACACCCGUCUGCAUCUCCCGAGUUCUAAUCCAGGAUUAUUUUCAUUGCACCAAAAUUCCUUUUGCCAAUGUUGUAAUAAUGCCUGUAUGCGUAAUAAAGACAACAUGGCCUCUGGCAAUGGGCUCCUAGUCAGGAAUAUGAGUAGGCAAGGCAAUUAAUCUCAGUGUUUUAAGUAACCCUCUAGGAUUUAUCUCCUAAAUCAUAGAUGGAUAGAGUUCUCCUGCUUCUGGAUAGGCUAACCCUAACUGGGUAGCUAGCUGGUGCUGCAGUGGAUAGAGUACUGAGUGUGGAAUCAGGAAGACUCCUCUUCCUGAAUUCAAAUCCGGCCUCAGACACUUCCUAGCUGUGUGAUCCUGGCAAGUCAUUUUUAUCCUCUGCCUCAGUUUCCUCAUCUGUGAAAUGAACUGGAAAAGGAUUCUGAAAUCUUUGUUAAGAAAACCCCAAAUGGGGCCACAAACAGUCGGACAUGACUGAGAUGACUGAAUAACAGCAACUGGACACAAAAACUGUAAACUGAGUGACAAGGAGCAAAAUUUUAUCCAGAUGCCCUACCCUUUAAUAAGGUAAAGUAAUUCAAUAUGCAAAUGGGAUGCUUUGGGGCCACGUCCCCUUCCAGGCCCUGAUACUGCCAUCAAUGGCCCUUUUUCUUAAAACAAGAUAGCUUGCCUUCUAUUCACAAAUGUAGAGAUUUUCUAUGUAUCUCAGAGAUGCCAGAUGAAGCCAGACCCGAAAGGGGCUGGGAAACUCAUUGUUCCUUGCAGUCUGUCAUAUCAUGGCACUGACAGUUUGUUCUUUCCCUUUAGACUGUAUCCUUCUUUGGAGGAUUCGUUUGCCACUGGGCUGGACUCUGGGGCUAAAGAGAAAAUAACAGACCUGACCAGGCUUGGUCAUGAACUGAUGCUGUGUGGGCCGGACGAUCAUGAUCUCAUUAAGGGUUCUGCUGGUGUGAAGGAACAGCUUUCUUUCUUUAAUCAGUUAUUGGAUCUGGUCACAAGUCUGGGUCCUGAAUAUGCCAUCAGUUUCUUCAGUGUGGAAGAGAAUUUCUGCACCUUAGUGGAGGACAACGAGAUGCUGCUGAACAAGGUCUUCACUUCCCACAUCGAGGAGGAGAUCUUAGAUCCCAAGUUGAAUCCCUUGCCUCUGGACAUAGAGAAAUCCUGUGGGGCAAAGGAAAACCUGCAUAGAAUGCCACUGGGGGCAAAGAUCAAGGUGGAAGAGCUUUCUGAAAAACUGAGUAAACUCACCGAAAUGCUGCAGGCACACAAGGAAGAGGUCCUCUGUCGUCAGGAGAGCACCAGUAGGCUGUUUUCACCAAGUCCCCCCGGACUUCCCAAGCAGUGUUCUUCCCACUGUGGGAAAAUCUCCAGCCAAGGUAGCAGCACCUUGGGCUUGACUCUCUCAGAUUUCCAUCAACUGGUGAUUGCUUUUAUACACGUUUUUGAGAAUGAGCUUCGUGAGUUCUGUAAUCGCCCAAACCCCAACAUCAACCCUUGUGGUCCAUUAUUUCAAUCUAUAAAUGACACUCUGACGUUCUUCAACCAGGAGCUGAAAACUAUCAGUCAAGUCACGGAUACCUCUGUGAAGGUGGCUCACGUAGCCGAGGAGUCACAGAAGGAGAAAGCCUAUUUGCAUGGGGGUAACUGCAUGGUGACCUUAGCUGAGAAAAUGAAGGCGUUAAUACAGAAAUAUGAAUUCUUCCAAGACAGUCCUCAGACAUCCAAUGAAAGUAUGAACAAAAGCUAAGCGGCCAUUCCUCAGAUCUCAGCUCUUUGGGACUGUUUGGGGAACAAGGAGAAGACGGUCAUGAGGCAACUGUCUGUUUACUGAAAAAAAAUAGUUAUUUUUUGUUAAUGUGAACUUGACAAGCACCGGUGAGGGACAAAUAGAACAAAUGAUUAUACAUGAAAACACAAAUCAAAUUAUGUUCACAUUACUUUUUAAGAAUUAGAUAAUAAAAUCACCACCUUCGUAUGUAUACUUAUAUUGUAUUUAACAUAUACUUUUAACAUAUUUAACAGGUAUUGGUCAAAUUGCCAUCUGGGGGAAGGAGGGGAAAAGUUGGAACAGAAGGUUUUGCAACUGUCAAUGCUGAAAAAUUACCCAUGCAUAUAUCUUGUCAAUAAAAAGCUACAAUUAUUUUAAAAAAUCA